GCGUGUUUGGAGCUCUGCUGGAUCGCUUUGGUCAUCGUCGUCUUCGUUAUAGGCUGCUCGCUCUCGCGCCGUAUCGAAUCCAUGCGCGCUUCUUGUAACAGGGCUGGACUACAAGUCGCUCUCAGCGAGGUGAGCCGAGGAGAGGUCGAAUUCGCCGCGCAUCCCGCCGUUCAGUACGCUGAGCCUCCCGCCGUGAUUCUCGGACCCCGUUCACCAAACAAGCUGGAGGGCGAUUCUCCGACAUCGUUGGAUUGUAGUUUAGGGCCAUCAUAUGCACUUGAUUUGAUACUCCCACACAUCUGGAGCCAGUCCGCUUUGCGCAGCCACAGCAUAUGCGACCACAUCCACGGCAACUGUAGCAGCAUUCGUGCGCCAGGUGUGCUGGAUUAUAAACGCAAUACUCGCAGGGAGAAUUCGCUUCCGAUGGUACGCGCCGCGUCCGCCGUGCGAGGGUUUUUGCAGACAGACUGUGACAGUCGCAUCCAGCGCAACCAGUGCAAAGAGGGGGAUGCUGACGCCAGCUCGUUGUAUGAAGGGAUGAACGGGCUCUCACACACAUUGGAGACCGAGGUGCUGCAUUAUCAGCAGGAAGCAACGUCAGUAUCAGCCACAAGGCAUCCACUGAUGAUUGCAGAAGAGGGGACGCGGACAGAGGAUCCCAAGACAGGAGGGGAGGGGUUAGAAUGGAACAAAGAUGUAGGAAAGGGACUGCAGGCUGAAGAGGAAAGGGGGAGCAGGAAUGUCCCUUACCUGGGACUGCUGAUGAGCUCUUCCAGUAACGAGUCGCAUCCACGAGAGGAGGAAUUCGUGCGAACUGCCAGGAAAGGUCCUGAGGAGGUGCAACAAGGAGAUGGGAUGCUGUCGGAUAAACAAGCAGGGGCAAUCCCCCCGGGGAUAUUCCUCCUCCCGAAACUCGAGACGCUCGCCCUUGAUAUCAACAACCUGACGGGUGCGCUGCCCGACGGUCCCGGCAGCUACAGCCCGAGCCUCGUGUCCCUCAGCCUCGGCGUCAACUACCUCUCCGGACCUGUUCCCAAGGCUCUUGGCGACUUGCCGAACCUGGUUCAGCUCGACCUGCACCAGAACUCGUUUUCCGGACCUAUUCCGCCGGAGCUCGGCGCGCUUACGAAGCUGGAGUACCUCGAUAUAAGCAGUAACCAGCUGACUGGUGGUAUACCACAUGCGCUGGCAGGGCUGUCGUCGCUUCAGGCGGGUGUUUUCUCAAACAACCAGCUGAGUGGCGUGGUUUCGCAGCCUUUUCUGGUCGGAAUCGCGUCCACUAUAGACGUCCUCGAUGUAGGCAGGAACGCGUUUACAGGCUCGAUUUCGCGGUUUGCGUUAUUAACGAAUGCGGUGUACAUCGAGCUGAGUAACAACAAAUUUGUGGGGGGAAUCACGAAAGCGUUCGGCGCAAUGCCGAACCUGCAGCAGCUGGGGUUGUCCGAUAAUGAGCUGACAGGUGGCAUUCCGGCGGGAAUUACGGAGUCGAGCAGCCUCGUCGUGUUCUCCGCGGAUCGCAAUAAGCUGAGAGGAAGCAUCCCCCCCUUCCGCUGCACCAACACCGGAUUCAUGGCUCUCACCGUAUUUGCACGUGGUCCUAUUGAGGCUGGUCCAUCGUCCAAUCUAUCCGCCAUGGCUCUCGCGACGACGCCCUUAGUGACCCGGACUGUCGCUCUUUCAGGACCUUCCUCCCUGGUUCCAGCAUUGUUGCACCUGACUCAGUCAAGCGCGCCAAACGUGUCUCGUAGAACCUGCAGAGAUUACCAUGCCAUCCAUAAACCAGCACCGACCGUUUUCCGCGGAUCUGUCUCAGCCACUCCCCUGACCUCCAUCUGCCUCCCCCGCUCUGCGUCUGUUGCUGCUUCCACCACUGCCAAGGCUGCUACCUCCACUGCCAAGGCUGCUGCCUCGGCCGUUGCCGAGCCUGCGCAGGAGCUUCGGGGUGCUGGACCAGUGGUGGUGAUUGAUAAUUAUGACAGCUUCACUUACAACCUCUGUCAGUACCUGGGCGACCUGGGGUGUGAGCACGUGGUGUAUCGUAACGAUGACAUCACCAUAGACGACCUGCAGAAAAUGGAUCCCAGGGGCGUGCUCAUCUCUCCAGGCCCUGGCACGCCAGACGACUCGGGCAUAUCGCUGGACGUGGUGCGGCGCCUGGGCCCCACUGUGCCCCUUUUUGGCGUCUGCAUGGGGCUGCAGUGCAUGGGGCAGGCGUAUGGAGGGCGCAUAGUGCGGGCGCCCGGGGGCGUGAUGCAUGGCAAGACGUCACCCGUGCUGCAUUCGAUGGCAGACAGUGACUCAGGGCUGCUGGCUGGACUUCCCAGCCCCUUCACUGCAUGCCGGUACCACAGCCUGGUGAUUGAAAAGGACACGUUCCCUGAAGACGAGCUGGAGGUGACUGCUUGGACGGAGGAUGGGCUUGUCAUGGCCGUGCGGCAUAAAAAGUACACCCAUGUGGAGGGAGUGCAGUUCCACCCAGAGAGCAUCAUCACGAGCAAUGGCAAGGAAAUAGUGGCCAACUUUCUCAAGACUAUGGAUCGCUACUGGGCACAGUAG